AUGAGGUCCGCAUCUAGGCUGAGAAAACACAGGGAGCGGCUGGCUUGUGCAGCAUGUCGGAAGAGGAAGCUCAAUUGUGACCGCGAAAGUCCCUGUAGCAGCUGUGUUCGCAGGAGAGAUGCUACAUCCUGUUCAUACGAAGUUUCCAUCGAUGACCCGAACAGCGACCGUCUCCGCGACACACAGGCCCAAGCGCGUCUUGAACAUCUAGAGCAUCUCGUCGGGCUACUUGCUGAACAACCGUCAGCUACCACUAUUGGAGUUCAAAAUGACACUCCGGCUGCUGAGUUGCCGUUGGAUAUGGACACUGGGGAACACACAAUCGCAUCGUCGUCUUCUCGCUCCGACCAGGCUGUAAGCGGUACAACACAUUGGUCAGCUAUGCUGGAUGAUAUACAAGCUCUCAGGUCUACGCUAAAUCCUCUUGAGGGCAAUGACAUAGAUGAAGGAGACACAAGUGCUCCUCAGGCAGACGUUGGAAUGGGAAUGGACGUCAUGUUCGGCGCUGGCCUUUCACAAGCCAUCAGUAUCGAACAAGUACUUAGUACUUAUCUUCCAUCGCGAAGGAGCACCGAUCGCCUCGUAUCCGCAUAUUUCCGCGUUCGGUUGUACAUCACGCCAUACAUACAUUCAGUGCAAUUUCAGAGGCAGUACGAGGCUUUCUGGAGCGAUCCUGGCGCAGCCUCGCCACUUUGGAUAUCCAUCCUGUUUUCAAUGCUGUUCAUCUCCGCUAACAUUUCGCGAACGGGCAAAGAAAACGAAAUACCAGGACAUGGAUUUGCAGUUGCUGCCGCCCAGUGUCUUGCUCUGGGCGAGUAUUUCCGUCCUAAGGCCUUCUGCUUUGAGGCACUCCUGCUUUAUCUCCAUUCACGCUUCAUCACUUGUCUCGAAAUACAUCCGGAUAUGGGUGCUCUUCUUAGUGUGCUUGCCCACAUUGCCACGGUCUCAGGCUAUCACAGAGAGAGUAGCGUCCUGAGUCUGAGUCCCUUCGCAGCAGAGAUGCGACGCAGGGCAUGGACCUAUGAGGAGUGCAAGCCUGGAGGACAGCUGGAGACUGAGGAGUGGUUCAUGAAGAGUAUCACCUGGCAUGAUUUCUUACUCGGCGUAACCACAUUGUGUCUUGUGGCCUACGCAGCAAACCAGAUCACGGAGGGAUUUCAUAUUGACCAACUUGGUGUACAGCUUCUAUGGAGUAAGGGCUCGAUCCAGAGUUUUAUCAAUAGUGGAAGCUACGAUCUCUCGUUUAAGGGCACAACAAAACAGCGAAGGCAUGCAACUAAUAGCCAACACGCAGAUGUUACCACCCGCCAGCACUAUACUAGCAUCGCCAAGUGGAACUGA